AUGACUGGAGCCAGGCAGACCAACUAUAGCACACGCAUCGACUACAUCUUCACUGACCAUCCCUUGGUUAAGAUUGGGUUUGUGGCGGCAGACAUCAGGCCAGAGGUGGAGGAGUCUGAUCACUGCCCUGUCUGGGGGAAACUCAGCUGCCCCCUCCUUCCAAGCUGCCUCUCCUCUGUACCCGCCACCUACCAGAGUUCGCUGGCAGACAGCAGAAACUCUCACGCUUCCUGGUCAAGGUGGACCAACAACAACCUUAGGCCUGCAGGGACCAGGAUCUCAGGAGGCUGGGGAGACCCAAGACCUGAAUCCACUGAGAGCAGGGACAAGCUCUGGAAAGAAGAGGAUGUUAGCGGUAGUCAUUUGUCCCAAAAAGAGUAAGACACUAAAGGCUGGCCCAAAGCCUCAAGGCAGCCUGUUAGCCUUUUUCAAGCCCAAACCCCAACCAGGGAAGCCCCAGGGAGUUAGAGUGAAAGGGGACAGGAGAGGAAUGAAGUGA